AUGGUCAACAAAGUGGCAUUAGUGACGGGCUCGAAUCAGGGUAUUGGUUUCGCUAUUGCCGAAGAAUUACUAAAAAGAGGUGUCGAGACCGUCUAUAUUACAGCAAGAAACGAGCAACGAGGACGUGACGCCGUAGAAAAGCUAAAAGCAAAAGGUUUAAACCCUUAUUUUCACCAGUUAGACGUCAAUGAAUCAAAAAGUGUUAAGAAAUGUGCGGAUGACUUAAAGCAUCAGCAUGGAGGCUUGGAUAUACUUGUUAAUAAUGCUGCAAUCACCGUAGAAAAUUUCGAAGAAACAUCUUACAAAGAUGCAGUACGUGUCCUCAAGACAAAUUAUUUCGGUAUCGUGACGAUUCAAGAGCAUUUCUUUCCUAUCCUAAAGAAGGAUGCUAGAGUUAUAAACAUCUCCAGUAACUGUGGACAUAUUUCUAAUCUGCGAAACCAAGAUUGGAUCGCCAGGCUGACUAAUAAGGAUGUAAAGAGAGCAGAUGUCGAUGAAUUUGUUAAUUGGUUCUUAAACUUAGUCAAAAGUAAGACCUUGAAGCCUGAGGACUUUUAUCAAACUGAGUUGCUUGCGUAUAGAAUUUCCAAGAUAGCAGUAAGUGCGUUAACUUUUGCGCAACAGAAUGAAAUUGACAGAAACAUUUCCAUAAACUCUCUUCACCCCGGAUUCGUUCAGACGUCCAUGACUCGUGGAGUUGGUAUUUUCACAUUGGAAGAAUCUAGCAAAGCUCCAGCGUAUUUGGCUUUGGACGUGGAUCAGUCGGUGAAGGGACAGUAUUUCUGGUUUGAUAAAGAAAUGAAAGAUUGGCGCAACCCCGACCUACCUUUGCAUUGUGAUUACGAAAUGUUGAAAAAGUAUUGGCAAUAA